AUGACGUCCUUGAAUAUAAAACACGUGCGUCAUUUUAUCAUUUCUCGCUUUGGGAGGAUACAACGCGUAGCCCAUAUAGUGGACUGCAUAUUCAAGGAAGCAAAGGCCCUGAAGCACAGCGAGCUGACUGAGAAUGGCCUCUGGAACUUGAGAAUCAGCCUAUCUUGUAUUGAUCCCGAGAAGGCUUCUGUUAGCGAUCGGAUGAGUUUCUACGCUCCACUUCCAAAAGAAUGUCCGAAGAUUUACUGGGAUGAAAAGAAAGAGUUGUUUUGGAAACAGCGAACUGGGCUCAACGACUUCUGGGGCGCCUUGCUGGGCCAAAAUAAGAGCCAGCUGUGGGACCAGCGCAGGCAGUCCGUUGCAUUUUCCUUUUCAGACUAUGAAGAGGAAAUGGAGAAAUUUUGA